AUGUCGUUCAGGGAGAUGACUAUCACCCUGGAUGAUGUGUUGGCUUUUCUUCAUCUACCGAUGGGUGGUAGGUUUUAUACUCCCGGAUAUGCAACAAGAGCAGAGGCGGCGCAGACCUGUGCUUUGCUUUUGGGAGGGAGCGCCUCUGACUAUGCCCUGAAGUUUGAUCAUGUGAAAACUAUCGGUCUGCGGUUCGGCUUCUUGCAGGAGCUCUAUACUAAAGCUCUUAGAGAUCGGCGGUACGGCCCUGCAACACAGAUGUGGCUAGUUCAUGUUGUUGGCUCGAUGUUGUUUGCUUGCAAGAGUGGAGGAUGGUACACCACGGUCCAUUGGAUCAGCAUAGUGGAGCACCUUGAUCAGGUGUUAGAGUAUGCGUGGGGCGCCAUUGCGUUGCCUACAUUGUACGAUGCACUUGGUCAUGCCUCACAGAGGAAGACUAAGCAGAUGUGUUAUUACACAUCCCUCUUGUUAGCUUGGGUGUUCGAGCACUUCCCACCCACCAUUAUUCAGCGGAUGGAGGUCCCCGAUUACACGGAGGACCAGCCUAGAGCGUGCAGGCGGAGGGAGUCACGGACUGGGCAUCCAGAACUGAUGGAGAGGCAAGUUAUCUUUGAUGAGAUGACGGCAGAGGACGUCAUAUGGACGCCAUAUGAGGAGCACAGGGACAGAAGUUCCGCUGCGGUUUCCGUUGAUGGAGCAUACGCGGACUAUGAGCCAUACCUGAUUCCAGAGGGCGUCCCUGCUACAAUAGAGGGAGAGGUAGUAGGGAACUACUUGGAUUGGUACACCACUGUAUCUCAUUCUGUUUAUCAUCCCGGAUGA